AUGGAGCCAGCAACCGAGGAGACCGGACCGGCAUCUAAGCCGCACCACCCCUCCUCCCCACACCCAGAUAUCCAGCCCGCCCCCGCACUCCGACCUGAGACCGAUACCGAUACCGAUACCCCCCAUGACAAUCCCACCGCGACAAACAGCCACAGCCAAAAUGGCCCGCCCCAGAGCUCCGCAUCCUCAGCCUCCGCAACAUCCCGUCCCCUCUCAGCCGUAGUACCACCCUACUGGUGCCGACAUGAGCGUAAUAUCUCGCAAGUCUCGCAGUCGUCGCUGAGUGGCGCGGCUCACAUCACCCUCGAAGAUCAUACUGCCGACCCGAACUCGGAGACGAGUCGUGGGCUCUGGGCCAGUAGCGUUGCUAUUGAUGAUCAUGUUGUCGUGCGCGGUAUGACUGGGGUUGGGUCGUAUGUUGUGUGGAAUUGUACAAUUCAGACACUUGAUGGUGGUCCGAUUGUUGUUCGGAUGAGAUACUCCGAGUUCGAUGACCUGCGCCAGAGGCUGGUUGAUUCUUUCCCGCAUGCAAGGAGUGCAUUGCCUGCAUUGCCGCCGAAGAGCGUUAUCUAUAAAUUCCGACCCCAAUUCCUGGAAUCAAGGCGCGUGGGCCUGGAGUAUUUUCUCAACUGUAUCCUUUUGAACCCGGAGUUCUCGGGCUCCCCUAUUGUCAAGGACUUCCUCUUCGGUCGUAUCUGUUAA